AUGGCCGGACCCAGUGACAAGGCGCGCUUCUACCUGGAGCAGAGCGCGACAGAGCUGAACGAGCUCGAGCGCAAGAAGAUCUUCACACGCGAUGAGAUCAGGUCGAUCGCCAAGAAGCGCUCAGACUUCGAGCACAUUAUCAAUGCCCGCGGCUCGCACCCCAGCGACUACAUGCGCUACAUCGAAUUCGAGAAGAACAUCGACGCCCUCCGCCAGAAGCGCGUAAAGCGACUCGGCAUCCGGCACAAGGGCACUGGCCAGCGCAGCAUCUACUUCCUCUACAACCGCGCAACAAAGAAGUUCUCGGGAGACCUGACACUAUGGCUGCACUUCAUCGACUUUGCGCGCAGGGACAAGGCAUACCGGCGCCUGGGCGACAUCUUCACAUCCGUCGUCCGUCUGCACCCCACAAAACCUGAACUCUGGACCCUUGCCGCGAACUACUUCAUGGACACGCAGGCCGACAUCACCAAUGCCCGGAGCUAUAUGCAGCGGGGUCUGAGGUUUUGCAAAAAUUCAGAGGACAUCUGGCUGGACUACGCCAAGCUGGAGACCAUCUACGUCGGCAAGAUCGCAGGAAGAAGGAAGAUCCUAGGUCUGGACGUUGAUCGCACCAAGAAGCAACAGACCGACGACGAGGAUACAGACAUGAUCGCGCUACCCGACGUGACAGCAGAGGAUAUCAAUCCGAGCUUGAAGCAGGACGACGGUGUGGACGAGGUGGCUCUGCAAAACCUGGCUUCGGCGCCGGUCUUGACAGGAGCAAUUCCCGAGGCCAUCUUUGAUGCAGCCAUGAAGCAGUUCCAGAACAGGCCAAAGAUCGUCGAGAAGUUCUUUGAUAUGUUCGCCGAGUUCGACCAAUUGGCAUGCAUCCCGCGCAUCCUGCAGCAUGUGCUGGAUUACCUGCAGCAAACCCAUCCCAAGGCAGUGGAGAAUGCCAUCUGCAGCUUCCAUAUGCAGCUUUUCAACCAAUACCCCGGCAGCCCAGAGUUCCCCGGCGUGCUUGGAGACGCCUUUGACAUUGUCAGCGCAGCUAUCGAUAGUUACCCAAGUGAAGGUACUCGGCUGGCGGAGGUCGCUGUUCGUCAGCUUCUGACUAUUCAGCGCUCGACAGCGGACAUUGACCCGGCUCUGCAGAAAGCCAUCAGGUCGACGCUCCGCAAGUACAUGAAGGCGCUGGGCGGCGUUGAUGGCGAUAAAGUCGCGAGCUUGGCCAGAUCACUGGUGCAGGAAGGGAAAGGCGACGAUGCAAGAGCGUUGCUUUCGUUGAGUAUCAAGGCGUGGUCUACGAAUGAAGAGCUGUCGGAGCUCAGAUCCACUCUAGAAACAUGA